AUGAAUCUGUCCUUCUCAUCACCGCCAUCAAUUUUGUCCUUCCAAGCUUCCAACCCAGAAGCAUCCAUCUACUUCGGCUAUGGCUCAAAUCUCUGGAUGCAACAAAUGAAGCAACGAUGCCCGACCUCAAAAUACCUCGGAAUAGCCAGACUCAAUGGAUACCGCUGGAUUAUCUACGAGAGAGGCUACGCCAACAUCGUCGAAGUAUCCAAAGAAGAGAGAAGCCAAAAGCACGAUUACUCCCACGAAGUCUGGGGUCUAGUCUACAGUCUCGAGCCCAGUGAUGAAGAAGGCUUGGACGGCAACGAAGGCAUUCCGUACGCGUAUACGAAAGAACAUCUGGAGUGUGAUUUCUUCGAAGCAAAAGAUGGUAAGAAGCCUGACAUCACGGAUGAUCCCCAGGAAGUUGAAAUGUUGGCGUACAUUAACCUCAGGCUCACUGCGCCGAGCCACCCCAAGAAGGAGUAUAUUUAUCGAAUGAACAUGGGUAUCGAGGAUGCUCUAGAAAAAGGGGUACCGAGAGCCUACGUCGACAAGGUUAUGCGGCAGUUCAUUCCCGAUGUUGACGAUGGAAGCGUGGUAGAGGUGGCGAGGAAGCAGGCAUUGCAGUUCGAUGAUGAAAAUUGA